AUGUCUUCCGAAAAUACCAAUACCGUCAAACGUCCGGUACGACAAGGCUCGAGGAUUGUUUGCGAAGAAGCUAUGUUAAUACUACUAUGCACGAUCGAACUCGAAAGGGAGCCACCGCUAGUACAUCUCUAUCGCCUCGAUCUUGCCCCCGCUUGGCCAGAUCACGAGACGGACACCAGGAUAACCUGGAAGCGUUCUACCAGUCACGGCUUUCACCAUGACUUGACCAUUUCGACUGUUUUCUCAUCCACAGAAUGUGUGCAGUUGAAUUUGUUACCCUCCAUCACUACACGGAGGAUUAUGUCACACCACGGAUCCACCGCCUCAUCUCUCUUCGUCCUGCCACUAGAGGUGCGACUCUUGAUCUACGGUCACCUCGCCGACGAACCCAUCUGUCCAUACAAAGGAAAUAUUCACGAUUCCAUACGAUCCGUGUCGAGAAGGAUUCGCGACGAGGCCACUCCAGUAUUGCUGAGACGGGUUCAUCUCUUUCUCGUCGCAAACCGGGAUGAGGUCCUCUCCACUUCCUACCUCUUCAAAUCUUCAACCUUUCAUUAUAUCGAGAUACCCUGGCUCUCGUUCAUCGGAUCAACCUAUUCACCUUGGCUUGAUCAAUUUGAUCAAAUCACUUUGUCGCAUCGCAGAUAUAUCGGAACAUGCAUCACCAAGAAGCGUCGAGAGAAAGCAAAGAUUCGUAUUUACAAGGACGAGAUGACAGAGAAGGCCUGGUUUCAAUACUACCAAAGAAAGACAGAAGAUUGGCUGGCCGACUUGGACUACUAUUCGAUGCAAGGACUUGACAGGAUUAUGGUCGGUUUCGAGGCUCAUUCGGAUAAAGUGAUGGAGUACUGGGCGAAAAUUAGGGAAGGAGAAGAAGAUUUUCCUGAAGACUUUAAGAUACCUCGAUUCUGAUAUGGGCAGAUGCUGCACAGCAUUCAUUCUUGUCUGACGGGACUUCGGUCGUCGCUGCAGACUCGAAUCCGCGCUGGAGUAUAUGACGCCGCGAACUCAACUACAAACACAAUUACCUCACUAUCUCCCUUGCAAGCUGCUACACACCCGCCUUCCUUCUUCAUGCUUCCAAACAUGUCGGAUCCAAAUCUCAAUACUACCUCGCUCAAGAUUCUGCCGUCGGAACAACGGCUGAUGGUCUACGGCCAGCUAUUCAAAGACAACUCACGGAUCAGUCACGUCUUCGAGAUCAUUCGAAUGAGACGGCUCCGCUGAUACUUCGUCAAGCGAGGAUGCGAAUUGGAAUGAUGCCUGAAGGACAGGAGUCACUGUUUCUCUUCCUCUAUUCCCUGGUUAUCAACACUUCAUAAGAAGAUGCCCAGGCUCAAGUUCACUCGAUCAACCUAUGUCCUCGACGCAGAAAUUCAAGAGGGCCGACUGCCU